AUAACUAUAAAUACAUUCCUAUAUAUAUACGCUUUUAAAAUAUAAAAUUCAUUUAUAUUAAUAUUUAUUUAUCAAGUAUUAAAAGCUUUAAUACUUAUAAUACUUUAUAAGAUACCUGCUUAUUAGGUUUGGAAAACUUUUUAUUUCAUAUUUAUUAUACGUUUCAUUGAGAAUUUUUCUUCUCUCCUUCUCUUUCUCUUCUUCCCUUUCUUAGAUCAAAAAGUAUUUACAGAGUCGCCACGACCGUCACCUUGACUAUCCUACAGUGACGAGUUGCCAUUCUCAAUCCGGGAAUCACUCUGAAGAGCAAUCACCUUCUUAGGAAGUCUCCCGAACGUCUUAGAGCAGUGUUCGGGAGAUGUCGAAAAAUCGAGGGGACAUGAUAUAUAUACACAUAUAUACAUAGAGAGAGAGAAGCCGACUGGAACUUGAAAAUUCAACGCGAAGUUCGGUUUAUUGAAUCCGUUUGAUUGCAAUACCCUUGAUCGCGAGAAUCUUGGAGACUCUUGCGGGGAAGGGUGGCUUGCACCGGAACGGCGCAAGAAAUGGCACCGGUACCUAUCACUAUCCUAACCGGUUUCUUAGGAUCAGGAAAGACAACGCUUCUACUCAACCUCGUCCCACAACUUCGCGCCACGAACCCAUCCUACCGGCUUGCUCUGCUCAAAAAUGAGUUUGGCGACAUAGCCGUCGACUCCCAGCUGGCAUCGUCGAGCGCUGUGUCCGGCGUCCGGGAAAUUCUGAACGGUUGCAUCUGCUGCAACCUCGUCGGCCAGCUGAGCCAGGCCCUCGUGCAGCUACGGGACGACGUCAACGCUGACCGCAUCGUCAUAGAGACCUCCGGCUCUGCCUUUCCUGCCACUUUAGCUAUCGAGGUGAAUCGCCUGGCCCGCGAGACAGGCAACUUCACGCUUGACGGCGUCGUCGCCGUCAUCGACGUCGAGAACUGGAAGGGGUACGAUGACACGAGCUUUACUGCGCGCAUACAAGCCCGCUACACCGAUUUAAUCGUCUUCAACAAAUGGGAAUUCUGUGACGAACGCAGGUUUGACGAGUGUCUCGAUCGAGUGGGAGACCUGGAAGUGGACGUCGCCUGGGUCAAGAGCGAUCGAGGACGGGUUUCUCUAGAUGUCAUCUUCGGCAUCGAUGGUGGCUUGGCACGCGGCAUGACCACAUCAACAGUUGGUAGUGACGACCACUUUCAUAGUCAUGAUCACCGGACCGAAGUUGAGGUCCUCUCAGUUACGCUUUCCGGAAAGACGGGUGCAACUGUCAACGCCAAGAAGCUAUUGACUCUGUUGAGUUCCGCGCCAAAGGAUGAGGUUUACAGGAUCAAGUCGAUAUUGGCUGCCCACCCCUCUAUCAUGGACUCUAGCGAGGGUGUGGACACACCCUCGCCAUCGCAUCAGCCACAAAUAUAUAUCUUGAAUUGGGCGUUUGGGAGAUGGAUAUUCACUCCACUUAGGCCCGAGGUGAUCGACCACAAGUCGGACCACCACGUAGUGCUUCGCAUGACUGUGGUUUUGGCGAGAUACGAAAGCGGAAAAUGGAAAAGAAAACUCAAGACGGAUCAACUCUUGGAGCUCGACGGCGAGGAAAAGGGCGAUUUAGCUGUUGUAGACAUCUCCUAACCCCCAUAGCAGAGACCGAACCUACAUAAAGCCGGGUCCUUAGGGAUCAUGGGCACAGUAUUAACAUGGAGUGACCUUCUUGGGUUUGAGGAUCGAGCAAGUAGCUACUUGUGUAUUGUGCGUUUUCUUUCCCAGACCUCUUCCAAAUGU